AUAAAAACAGAGCACGCGGGACAGCCUUGGCUUUUCUUUUGUUAGAAGACGGUUUGAAAGCAGGUUUUGUGUUUUCAGUGAAAAUGUCUUCAGUUCCGCCUCAGAGAGAGUUUAUCAACGAGCAGGUAACUCCUGCUGGAGAAACAUUCACAGAAUUUAAAGAAAUCAACGUUAAGAUGGAGGAAGAGAUGGAGGAUCAGCGCAGACUGAUGGAUUUUACCCGGAUACCGAGGAUCAUCUUACACCGGAUAGAUCUCUCACAGUGCUGGGUGUGUAAAGAGGAGGAGGUUCUCAAUGAAUUCAGCAACCAGGAGAGGAAGUCCACUUCAGAUAAAGAAGAACCAGAACAUCAAGAGUCCAAAGAGGAAGAGAAGCAACUCUGCAUCAGUCAGGAUGAAGAGCAUCUUGUGCUGAAACAGGAGACUGAUGACAUUUUGAUGAAUCCUCUUAAUGUGCAAAGAAUCCACAAUGAAACAGAACCACAGAGGAACCAACUCAUCUCUCAUGGCUCUGCUGAGGAUGAGAACCAGGAUCAGGAAGGCAGCAAUUCUGAAGACCCAGGAAAAGAGAGAAAGGAAGAACAGAAACAAAAGGAGAGAUUUGAGAAAAUCAAAGAGCAGAAAAGCAGAACUGACACUGAAAAGCAAAAAAAACACAAGAAAGCUCACGCAGAGCAAAAAUUAUAUUCUUGUAAAAUUUGUGAUAAAACAUUUUCUGGAAACCGUAACUUGAUGGUACACGUGAAAACUCACACAGGAGAAAAACCUUUCACUUGUUCAAUCUGUGGAAAACGUUUCACACAAAAAGGACAUUUAACUCAGCACUUGAGAAUUCACACAGGUGAGAAGCCAUUCUCUUGUGGGACCUGUGGAAAAAGUUUCAGACAACAAAAUGGUUUAAUUUAUCACAUGAGAAUUCACACAGGUGAGACGCCUUUCACAUGUGGGAACUGUGGAAAAAGCUUCUCUCGAAAAGCUCAAUUAGAUUAUCACAUGAUAAUUCACACUGGUGAGAAGCCUUUCUCAUGUGGGAGCUGUGGAAAAAGUUUCAACGAUAAAGGCCAAUUAAAUGUACAUAUGAGAAUUCACACAGGUGAGAAGCCUUUCUCCUGUGGGACUUGUGGAAAGAGUUUCACCCAAAAGGGCAAUUUAGAUGUUCACAUGAGAAUUCACAGAGGUGAGAAGCCUUUCUCCUGUGGGUCCUGUGGAAGGCGUUACAGUGAAAGAGGGACGUUAACUCAGCACAUGAGAAUUCACACAGGUGAGAAGCCUUUCUCUUGUGGUACUUGUGGAAGAAGUUACAGUGAAAAAAGGACUUUAAUUCAGCAUAUGAGAAUUCACACAGGAGAGAAGCCUUUCUCUUGUGGGAACUGUGGAUAAGAAUUACCGU